AUGCCUCUCUGCAAGAUACACUUCGCAACUCUCUUGAUGGCGAUUCUUGGAUUUGCCAUGAUGGUAUGUUCACUCCCGUGGCUUCGUCACGUCACCAUGUAAUGUGGCAGACAGUUAGAUUUAACUCAUUGCCAGAUACUUGCCAACCCUAUUCGUAACGCCGACAUAGAACUAAGCAGAAAUACGAUAGAGGCCUGUGCAAAGGUAGAUGAUAUACAGUCCUUCCUGCGCUUCGCAAUAGGAUCGAGCCGCUAAUACAACCAAUCAAACAGGAUGCUUUCGUGUGCAACUGGUACAGCAACAAAGAUGCUGCUGAAGAGGGCUUGACAAGAUCCAACAUCGAUACCCUUACACGCCAAGGAACGUGUCAUGUCGAACCAUUUCAUAAAUCAACUCCUGAAAAGACAGAGGAAUGUACCGUCCAAGUAUGUCAAGACAAUAGUGCAAUCGCCUUAUGCAAUAGAGUAGGUUUUGUCUCCAUGCUGGAUAGAAAAGAGUGUCUUGUUGCUAAUGCUACAUCGCCCCGCAGAAACCAUAUGCAAUGGAUCCCAGUUGUAAACAUCUGGCCAGCUACGCUCAAGACAUCCUCGAUAGAGUUGAUUGUAGGAAUGGCACUUUGGUUAAAGGAUCAAGGCACGAUACCGACGGAUAUUUUGUUGAGAUUAAGGCAUGUUGAUUUUACUGCUGGGUUCAGUCAUUGA